GGCCGCCCUCUGUGAAAUGGGUUCUCUGGUGGACUGUUGAUGAUGUUGGCCCACACGUGUUAAGGGCUUUUGUGUGUUUUAAAAGAGCCUUAAACCGCAUUAACCUCGAUUCCCCUCUGUGUUUAAUGUGAGUUUGUGAAAGACUCGGCCGGACUCUUCAGUUAUCUGUGAUUGUUCGUUGAGAAACUCCAUCAACAUCUGCAGUGUUAGCAGCAGCAGCAGCUAAGUUACAGUUACCGGCUAACACGCCGGUUUACUCUCAACUAACGGUUACUGCACACUGAGAUGUGACGACUCCCUACUUCACAAACAAAUACUACCUGUGUUUUAAAGUCGGGGUUUUGUCAUAUUGCUUGUUUGUCUUUCACCGAUCCACAUUGCAUUUUAUCAUGGGGGCUUACUUGUCUCAACCCAACACGGAGAAGAGCACAGGAGACGGCGGGAAUAAGUGCAUGAGCUAUGGGUUCGCGGCCAUGCAGGGCUGGCGUGUGUCUAUGGAGGACGCCCACAAUUGCAUCCCAGAGCUGGAUGAUGAAACCGCAAUGUUUGCCGUCUAUGAUGGCCAUGGGGGUGAGGAGGUUGCCUUGUAUUGCUCCAAAUACUUGCCAGACAUUAUUAAAGAGCAGAAGACGUAUAAGGACGGAAAGCUGCAAAAGGCUCUUGAAGAUGCAUUCCUCGCUAUAGACAGCAGAAUCACCACAGAGGAAGUUAUCAAGGAGCUUGUUCAGAUAGCUGGUCGUCCUCAGGAAGAAACUGAAAAAGUAGCGGAAGAAGAUGAUGUUGACAAUGAAGAGGCUGCUCUACUGCAUGAAGAAGCCACCAUGACAAUCGAGGAGCUGCUUGUCCGCUACGGCCAAAACCUGAACAAAAUGGGCAAAAAGGCCUGUCAGGAUUCCUCUAAACAGUGCGAGGAUGGAGAGAAGACUCACGCAGAGAAGGGAAUCAAUGGCGAGGUGGAAUCUGGGGCUCCUGAAGCUGACAGCAAUGGGAAGGAGAAAGCAGCCGGUGCUGGAGAUGCAGCUGAAGGCUCUAAGAUGAGGGCCUGUAGAAGAGCGGCGGCCUCCGGCGGCAGCAGUAGCUCUUCUUCUGAAGGAUCUUCUAAUAAGUCUGGAUCAACUGGAGAUGCUGGUCCAUCCUGCUCUUCUUCUGCUGCUCCUGCUCCAGGAAGUGCCAAGUCCAAGUUUUUCGAGGACAGCGAAGAGUCGGAGGAGGGAGAAGAGGAAGAGGAGGGUAGCGAUGAAGAGGACUGCAGUGAGGAGGAUGGCGAGAACAGCAGUGAGAAUGAUGAUGAGGAUGACACGGAAGAAGGUGAGGAAGAGGACACUGACGAAGAGGAGGAAAUGUGCUUGCCUGGCAUGGAUGGAAAAGAAGAGCCGGGUUCAGACAGCGGGACAACAGCUGUAGUUGCUCUCAUUCGGGGAAAGCAGCUCAUAGUGGCCAACGCUGGAGACUCCAGAUGUGUCGUGUCUGAAAAAGGAAAAGCUGUGGACAUGUCGUAUGACCACAAACCUGAGGAUGAGCUGGAGCUAGCCAGAAUAAAGAACGCUGGCGGGAAGGUGACGAUGGAUGGCCGCGUCAACGGAGGACUCAACCUAUCCAGAGCUAUCGGUGAUCACUUUUAUAAAAGAAACAAGAAUCUUCCCCCAGCGGAACAGAUGAUCUCUGCUCUACCUGACGUCAAAGUUCUGACAUUCAAUGAGGACCAUGAGUUCAUGGUUAUCGCAUGUGACGGCAUCUGGAAUGUAAUGAGCAGUCAGGAGGUGGUGGACUUCGUAAAUGAGAGACUCAAAACAGAUGCUGGUAAAGACAGGCCCCUGACUGCCAUUAUUGAGGAGCUGCUGGACCACUGCCUAGCACCAGACACAUCAGGGGACGGCACAGGAUGUGACAACAUGACCUGUAUCAUCAUCACCUUCUCUCCACACCUCGCGUGCAACGUGGCCGAGUGCAGCAAGAAGAGGAAAGCGGACGAAACCGCCGCAGAGGAGAACGGCAGCGACAGCAAAAAACCCAAAACUGAAUAACACUGCAGUUCUGAUAUUUCAAGGACACUUUCCCCUUUGAAUUCAGACCACAAGGGAAAAUUUUAAGUAUAGCUCCCUGAGAAAGAGCAUUUUAGUUUUAAACCCUUCAAAAAACUGUCAAUCAGCCAUUUUGUUCUUUGUUCGGAUUGGUUUAGCAGGUCUGUCUACUAUUGAUAAGGGAUUGAUCACAGCUGUAUGGUAGCAAAGGUAAUGUCUCCUGGUGUACUGUCUAGGCCAUCAUACGCUUGUGUAUGUACAUACUGUUUUUCCCAACUUUUUUCUUUAUAAUAGUGGAUCAAUUGUGAGUAUUUGUGACCUUUUCUCUGGACACCAGUAUGAAUUGAUAAAAUCAUUUUUUUUUAAUAAUGUGAUGACUGAGAUGCUGGUAUGUUUCCCUGAUAAAGUCAUUGGAUAUAUCUAGAGAGUUAAAAUGCUCUCCAGAAUGAAAUCGCACUGACAUUCCUUUCGCCAUUGUUUUAUGCUUGCGAGUAACAGAUUACAGUUUUUUCAUUGUCGUAUUGAACCCUUGCGUCUAAAAGAGCAUCUUUUGCAUUUUAAGAGCUUGGCUCCUGAAGUUAAGGCUUACAUUGGGAUCAGCGCCUUAAAUUGUAGAAUCAUUUCAGUCAUGAAGUAUACUUCAUACAGUUACAAAGUACAAACGUCCUCACUGCAGAAGGAGAGUUUUCCAUUCAGUCUUGAAGCAUCCAUCUAAUUCAUUAAGGUUUAUAUACGGCGUAUUUUGGAAUAUAUAUUUUGGUACUUUUUCAAAACAUCUUUGUGGCUUGUAGAGGGAAACGAAACGUCAUUGCUCAGAAUUACAGCUUUUUUUUCUUAAUCAAUAAACACGUGGAAACAAAUACCA